CAGAUCCGCUCCGCGCGCGCUGGUGACGCAGACGCUGCGCCGGAAGUGCGAGCAGCGGGCUGCCGGGCUCCGUUAUGGCGGCCGCUGCUGGGGCACGCUGGAACCAUGUGUGGGUGGGCACCGAGACCGGGAUUCUGAAAGGGGUGAACCUUCAGCGCAAACAGGCGGCGAACUUCACGGCUGCUGGACAGCCGCGGCGCGAGGAGGCGGUGAGCGCCCUGUGCUGGGGCGCCGGCGGUGAGACUCAGAUCCUGGUGGGGUGCGCCGACAGAACAGUGAGGUUCUUCAGCACCGAGGAGGGUCGAUUUCAGGGCCAGAAGCACUGCCCCGGUGGGGAAGGCACGUUCCGAGGCCUCGCCCAGGUCGACAGCACCCUCAUCACAUGUGUAGAUUCUGGGAUUGUCCGAGUCUGGCGUGAGAAUGACAAGGAGGCAUCCUCUGACCCACUCUUGGAACUGAGUGUGGGUCCUGGGGUGUGUAGGAUGCGCCAAGACCCAGCUCACCCCCACAUGGUUGCUACGGGUGGGAAAGAGAAUGCUUUGAAGGUGUGGGACCUACAGGGGUCUGAGGAACCUGUGUUCAGGGCCAAGAAUGUACGGAAUGACUGGCUUGACCUGCGAGUUCCCAUCUGGGAUCAGGACAUACAGUUUCUUCCUGAGUCUCAGAAGCUUGUCACCUGCACAGGGUACCACCAGGUCCGUGUCUAUGAUCCAGCUUCCCCGCAGCGGCGGCCGGUCCUAGAGGUCACCUAUGGAGAGUACCCACUUAUGGCCAUGACCCUCACUCCUGGGGGCAAUUCUGUGAUCGUGGGGAAUACUCACGGGCAGCUGGCAGAAAUUGACCUUCGACAAGCUCCUUCACCUAUAAAAUGGAGACAUACCGGGCGCCUACUGGGCUGUCUGAAGGGGCUGGCGGGCAGUGUCCGAGGAUUACAGUGCCACCCUUCAAAGCCCCUCCUAGCCUCCUGUGGCUUGGACAGAGUCUUGAGGAUACACAGGAUCCAGAAUCCACGGGGCCUGGAGCAUAAGGUUUAUCUCAAGUCUCAACUGAACUGCCUUCUUCUGUCAGGCAGGGAUAACUGGGAGGAUGAGCCCCAAGAGGCCAAAAAGGCACCACCGGAAGACACAGAGACAGAUGAACUUUGGGCCUCCUUGGAGGCAGCUGCCAAGCGGACGCUCCCUGAUUCGGAGCAGACCCAAGGGGCUCUCCAAACCAGACGGAGAAAAAAGCAGCGGCCUGGGUCCACCAGCGCCUGAAGAGCCUAUGCUCACUUUGUAAAUAAACAGCUCAACACCCGCCA